UGAGCAUGAAGUUGAGGGAAGGGAACUUCUCACCGAAGAAGGCAGUAGGAAUAAAGGAGGCGAGAAGCUACCGCUUCUAGAAUGCAAGCUAGGCACUCCAAUGAAGGUGCAGAAGUUGACAUUAGAAAUUCCAAAACCCACACUUGCUUGUCUUCACAUUGACUAA